GUGACAUGUUGUUUGUCCAAUCACUGGUCCAGUAUAAAUUGAAAACGCAGUGACAUAUCGAAAUAUUUUUUUUAACUAACCAUAUCUCUUUACACAGCUGCCGGGCGGGAUUUCCGCGAUAGCUAAUAAUAUGGCGAAGACUUACGAUUACUUGUUCAAAUUACUGUUAAUCGGCGAUUCUGGCGUCGGAAAGACUUGUGUGUUGUUCAGAUUUUCAGAAGAUGCCUUUAACUCAACGUUUAUCUCGACAAUAGGUAUUGACUUCAAAAUUAGAACAAUAGAACUAGACGGGAAGAAGAUCAAGCUACAGAUAUGGGACACAGCUGGCCAGGAGCGGUUCCGAACAAUCACAACGGCAUACUACAGAGGAGCGAUGGGCAUCAUGUUAGUCUACGACAUCACCAACGAGAAGUCAUUUGACAACAUCAAGAACUGGAUAAGGAAUAUAGAGGAGCAUGCCUCUGCAGAUGUGGAGAAGAUGGUGCUGGGCAACAAGUGUGACGUCAAUGACAAGCGACAGGUGUCCAAAGACAGAGGGGAGAAGUUGGCGUUGGAGUAUGGUAUCAAGUUUAUGGAGACCAGUGCAAAGGCCAACAUCAACGUGGAGAAUGCAUUUAUGACCCUUGCCAGAGACAUCAAGGCGAAAAUGGACAAGAAACUGGAGGGCAACAGUCCUCAGGGCAGCAGUCAGGGGGUGAAGAUCACAGAACAGCCCAAGAAGAGCAGUUUCUUCCGCUGCACCCUCCUGUGAGGACCACGGCCUAAUCCUUGUCCACAGCUGGACAGAACUGGACUGCGCUUGCUCAGAGCUCUCCUCUCUUUCGCCCUGUUCUCAUCCCUUUCUCAUUCCCCAUAUCCCAGGCCUCUUUGGGCUUUCAGCUUUUUUUCUGAUUCACCAUGUGCCCCCAGUUGAAAAACGGAAGCAUUCAUUGGUCAGGUGGAUCAAUCAGGGUUGUUGGAUGGGUGCUAGAUGGAGAUCUCUAUACCAGGCACUCGUCUGUACCCUCAUGCUCUUAUAUCGUCUCUCAUAAUUACAUUUAGGGUUCUGCUCCCCCUCUCCUCUCUCUUUGUCCUCUGCAGUUGGUAUUGUUACAGGUACUUUAUGUUGCUAUGUGGUUGCACUGCUGCCAAAGUGUAUCCUUAGUGAGGUUUUGUCUCAACGUGGAUUAACCUUAUCCUUAAAAGCAGUGGCUUAAUUCCAUGAUAAGACUAGUUAACCAUCAUACAUACAUCUGACGUCUUCUGUCAGAUAGUUGACUUCUGUGUCAUCUAGCUACUACGGAGAUCUAUGUGUCCCUGUUUUUUCCUUUCUCAAAUGAUAGUGAUUCUCUCUCUUCUACCUUGACAAUACUCAUUUGCAAUCCAACAAAUAGCAUCCAAGAAAGACACUUAUUUUCUUAAGGUAAUACUUAUAAAAAUUCUGAAGUGUUAACGUCUUACCAUGUUUAAUAGUGAAGACGUGAGAUGAGGGCAGUGGGAAGGUAGGCCCCUAAAUGGCAGGUAAUCAGGAUGUUGUAAUAAACUUUAACAGUUCACUAACAGAAAAUAUAUGCAAAAUAAUACAUAUUGGAGCAGAUCAGCAUUGUACAUGAGAACUGCAACGCGUUUCAAAGCUGCCUGAGAAAGAUUAGAAGUCGAAACGUGUUGCAGUUGUGCGUCCUCACGUACAAUGCUGAUCUGCUUCAAUAUGUAUUCUUUUGUAUAUAUUUUCUGUUAACAGUUCACUAAAGUUUAUUGCAACGUACUGGCCGCCUACUCGUCUUCUUUCUUCAAUAGUAAAGACAUUCCAUCUAAAGACAUACCUAAAAAAUUGCCUUGUGUGUUCAUCAUUUUACAUGUACUCUAUCAUUAUGCAGUUUCAAAAAUGUUAUGUGCGAGAUUUAGUAACCAUAUUUGAGUGGUAAAACAAUUGUGCCAAAUCUGCACAUUUUGAUUGCACUUUAGUAAUGAAAUUGGCGUCACUGCUUACAAUUUGCAAAAGCGUGUCUUAUUCUGUUCCCUUGUAUAGGAAUAUGUCAGUAUUCAUUAGAACUAUUACAUUCCAGAACUUCCGGUGGCUGUCAGUUAAUCUGUUCCACAGUAACAUCAGUCUAGUUAGGAAAUACAUUAAUUGUGAUCUAACGAUUUAAUUGCAUAAAUUGCCCACAUUUUUGGUUUUGGCAUUCAAAAUGUGUUUUUAAUAUUAAACCACUCCACAAAAUGUUCUCUCUACCCCAUAUAUUCGUCUUGUUUGUGAGGUGGAGACCACUGAAAUAGAGAGAGAAUAUUUUGGGUGGUAAUAAUCGCUUUAUGUCAUGGAUUUGACUUUUUUUUUUUUUUGUUAUGUCUUAUGCAACCUUUUCAAAUGCCAGCCUCUCAGACUAUUCCUUACUUGUUUACUGGUUGUUAAAUUGUGAUACUGUAAUACCAUUCAGGUUUAGUUUUGUGUGACUUUCGUAGCCUGUUUUCAUGUUGUUGUGUUGUCCGUAUUUGUGGCAGAAAAUUAGUGACAAUGGUGCAAAUAUUAGUCUGCCUUUAUAGUUGUUUUGUAGGCCUAUAGUCCAUUCCAACUAAAGUAAAUGUGAUUAUAAGAACUCAAUUUAAUAACGUCAACCUACUGUAUUGAGAGUAUUUGAAAUAGAUGCCAUGAAAAGGUUUAUUACUCUUCUCCUUUUUCUUUCUGUUGAUUUAUCAAAAUGCUGUGACAGUCCAUUUCCCUAGAGAACCACUCCUGCAGCUUCUUUAGUCAAGUGGAAAGAAGCUAUAUGUUGCCCUAAUACUUUCUGCUUUGAAACUUAGAGCCCCACAUUUUGGUGUUGAUUCUUACUAUUCAUGUGCCAGUAUUAAGACACCAGUCUAUUUCAGGGUGUUUUGGGUAUGAUUGCAGUUUUACAUUGAUGGCAUUGGCAUCAGUACUUUUAUCCUAGCACUAGGGGGCAAUGUAGUGACAUGGCAAUGGACUCAAAUGUCACAAGCAACGAGUCAGAGGACAUGUAGUCACUAUUUUCAGAGUGAAACAACAAAACAUCCAAAUAUGAAUGUGCCCUUGUAGAAAGCCUUGCAAGAGUUGCAAUAUUCUACCAGUCCCUAUCCUCAAGACUUAAUCAUAGUCUCAGUGAUUUAAGUCAGCUAUAGGGUGACAAUGUUAAAUGGAUGCCUGGAGGAAAGUAUCUUUGCCUAUCGGAUUUUGCGUUUCGUUUUUGUUCUCCUUCCGUACUUGUCCUUCCCUCUGAGCUUGCCACUGUCCAUGGCAACACGCGUUCUCCUUCCUUGCUUGUCCUUCCCUCUGAAAUUGCCAGGUCCAUGGCAACAUGCGUUCUCCUUCCUUGCUUGUCCUUCCCUCUGAAAUUGCCAGGUCCAUGGCAACAUGCGUUCUCCUUCCUUGCUUGUCCUUCCCUCUGAAAUUGCCAGGUCCAUGGCAACACGCGUGUCUUAUUUUCAUCUAAUACUUGAUAUCAUGGUCUUUGCAACUAUGCAGCAUGAGACUGUAGGACCUCUUGAGGGUUUGCACAUUUGACUUGAAGAGCUUUUCUUUGAGAUUAUAAAUGUAGGAUCAUUAUUGCAUAGCUUUCUAUUCUCUUUAUACUUUUUGUCACCCCCAUCAUUACAUUCAUCUGUCUUAAUGUGGAACUUGCAUUCCAUUUGUCAACGUAAACAUUUAUAGGAAAUUGAGCACAUAUUAAAUCACAGCAAAAGGAAAUUACUUCCCCCUGAAUUUGCACAACUCUUAUCUCUACUUGUGACCAACCUAAGUUGUAUUUAGAAACGGAAUUAUUAUCUUUCUAUGUCCUCUCUUGUGUAGAACAUAAUGUGUGGCACAGUCAGUUUGUUGAACCGCUGUGUAUCUUCAGGACCUUGUAUAGGUCUGGCAAAUGUUUAAUCAGAAUGGCAGUUAUGGUUUCGUUUCCUUUUGGUGGAACUAUUUGUAAAUCUUUUUCAGUUCAUAAAUCAGUACAGCAUUCCAUGUUCAAGACAAUAAUUUGGAUUUCAUAGUUAAUUAUGGAAAAUGGGGGAGGAAAGAGCAUUUAGAAAACAAUUGUAAAUAAUAAAAAAUAUCUACAAUGAUUGUACUGUACUUUCAUAAAUCUUAUUGAAUUGAUCUACACCUUUGUAGAUGUGUACUUUUGGUGAUUUAUUAAAAUGAUUAUUUUAAAA